AUGUCGCCUACGAGUUAUCUUCGUCGGGCAUUACUUUACGUCCCUGGGUCUUCCCAGAAAAUGCUGACCAAAUCGAGCACUAUUUAUGUUGACUCGGUCAUAUAUGACCUCGAAGAUUCUGUCACCGCCGAGUCCAAAGAGCUGGCUAGGGGACUGGUCGCGGAUCAUAUUGCCGGGGACGCCAUGCAAAGGUCUAUCCGAGGACCUAAAGAGGUCUCUGUGCGUAUCAAUGCAGUGAAUACUGGUCUUGCACUGCAAGAUAUUCAAGUGAUGCUCAAGAGGGUAGAUAACCUCGACACAAUUGUUGUGCCCAAGGUUCAGUCCGCAGCAGAUUUGCAUUUCGUUGCCGACGUCAUUCGUCAUGUUGCCCCUCAACGGAUAUUCUUCCAGCCUCCAAAGACGGAGUUUUGCCAACAGACAGAAAAUGUACCCUCGUCACGGCCCAUACAUGUUAUAGGUUUGAUUGAAUCCGCCCUGGGCCUUGCCAAUGUAUUAGACAUAUGUCGAGCAGGUCAAGCAUUGGGACUGGCAGGGCUAGGCUUUGCUGCCGAAGAUUUCAUGGCGAGCGUCGGGCUUUCGAAACUGCCAGAUCGGCGGGAAUUGCUCUUUGCACGGUCUGCAGUCGUCAACGCGUGUCGAGCCUAUAAUAUUCCUUCCAUCAUCGAUAUGGUGUCUGUCGAUGUAACCCAUGGCACCAAUGGCAUGGCCUUGGAAGAGGAAAGUAGGGAGGGCCGAAGCCUUGGCUUUACCGGCAAACAAGCCAUCCAUCCUUCUCAGGUCGAGACCAUACAGCGUGCCUUCGGCCCAUCUGCCGAGGAUGUACAAUGGGCGGCACAGGUCUUUGUGGGGGAUAUUGAAUCGCAGAAGCAGGGCAAGGGCGCUUGGAAACUGAAUGGUCACAUGAUUGAUGCACCCGUCGUUAAGACGGCUACGGCAUUGCUGGAUAGAGCCAGGGCAUGCGGCAUAGAUGUCGACACUCAUAUCGCAAGAUUGAAUGUUGGUUCCUUGGAGGAGAGGAUUAACAGAUCACUGUGA